AUGAUUCUAUCUCAAUAUCUAUCCUAUGCCCUAUUGGCAUUCCUCCUGCCCUCGGCGACUUUUGGACGCUCCAUUCUCUCAAGUUUUGGAGGCAGCACCCAGGCCCCACUUCUGAAGUCAGGAUGUGAUGAUGGCACUGGAAUUGUUGACCCAGAUGGCAAAUGCAAUGGCACUGGGGUUGUGGACGACCCGAUACCCCAUGACCGAGAAGGGUUCAAGUUCGAGAACCCAUCCACAGAUUGCAAAUAUGCGUCUCAACCGCACAUCUGGGACUCAUUCAAGGACCUCGAGAAAGAUAUGAACAAGCUAUUUACAUUGAUCCACAAAAAUGUCAGCUUCACCGUUGUCGGGCAUCACCCGAUCGCCGGCCGCUACUACGACCUAAUGCACUUCUACGUCAAUGCCCUGCGUCGAGUCAGCAUGUUGUUUGUUGACCAUACAGAUCUGUUUGAGAUCCACCCCCAGGGAAUCUAUGGCGGAUGUAACGCUGAAUGGUCAGUGGAGGAGAUUCAGUUCAAAGGCGUGAUGAAUUCUGGCGACAAGUUCGAUAUCAUCAAUGUCUGGUUCACACGCUGGAAUCGUGGCCAGAUGGUCGAGAUCCGCACGUAUAUCGACGCACCGAUGAUUAUGGAUGCACUGCACAAGAACGAAUUAUGGUGGAAUGGCACGACCCUUCGGGACAAUCUCCAGUAUAUGCCGGGGCCAGCGGGAAUGCCAGAUCUGAAGGAGAUCGAGGGAAUGAUGGGAUAUCCGGAUGGAAGCAAAUACAAGGAUUAAGCCAAGAAUGGCGAAAUUAGGGGGAAAAAACUAAGUGUACCUCGUACAUGUAGUUCCGUGUAGUUCAA